CGGUGCAUGAUGGUUAAAAAGCCUGGCCCUGGAACCCGCCAUUUUCUGUGGGGGCAGGCGGGAAAGGCGGGAAGUCGGCGAGGAAGGCAGCGCGAGCGCGGCCGCGACACGACCCACGGCGCCCACGGUCGCAGAAGCGCGAGGCGGACGAGCUGAGCAGAGGUUUUGCAUCCUGAGAAACUUCCAGAAUGGCCCGUACCAAGCAGACUGCCCGUAAAUCCACUGGUGGAAAAGCGCCACGAAAGCAGCUGGCCACAAAAGCUGCUCGAAAAAGUGCACCAUCGACUGGUGGAGUGAAAAAACCUCACCGUUACAGGCCUGGCACGGUGGCCCUGCGAGAAAUCCGGCGGUAUCAAAAAUCCACAGAGUUGCUGAUCCGGAAGCUGCCCUUCCAACGCCUGGUCCGUGAAAUUGCUCAGGAUUUCAAGACAGACCUGCGGUUCCAGAGUGCUGCCAUCGGGGCUUUGCAGGAAGCCAGCGAGGCCUACCUUGUGGGUCUGUUUGAAGAUACCAACCUGUGUGCCAUCCAUGCCAAGCGGGUCACUAUCAUGCCAAAAGACAUACAGCUGGCCCGCCGCAUCCGUGGUGAAAGAGCUUAAAAGUUCCAGUCCCCUUCCAACACUUAAGCACCCUCUUUUCUUGGCAGCCUCCAUCCUGCUCGUGUAUUAGAAUACACUCCAGGUUUUCCUUUUCUCUCUCUUUCUCUCCCUCUCUCUCCCCCCUCCCCCCCAGCUCUCCUACUCCUGUUUGUAGUAGCUAGGACAUGUGAGGAAAGUUAGAUAAUCUAUCAUAGUAGCUCUCCAAGGUUCAGGAGACCUGAUUGCUGUUCAUCAUGUACAAGCAAAAAACAAAACAAAAACAAAACGAAAGAAAACAAAACCUUUGAAAUCUGCAAGACGUCUGGAUAAUGUUUUUUUGUAAAACUUUUUUGUUUCCAGAAUUGCAAAAAAAGAAAAAGAAAAAAAAAAUCCAAACCCAACCAGGGGACAUUUUUGAAACGAUCCGGUUUUAUAUACAAAACUUUAAAAAUAUAGUUGUAGGACAUUUUAGCGAUAUAAAGAGUUUUUGGUCUUGAGUUUGUAAAAGUGUUUUGCAAAGCACUACACACUUCUGUUUACCGUGUGGAGUUUUUUCCUUCUUCUUUGUAUUUAGACGAGUGCUUUCUUUGAUUUCCUCUUUUCCAUUUGUCUUGUGUCUGUGACUCUAACCUUUGUAUCAAUAGGGAACCACCUUGAGACAGUAAGGAAACAAAAUAAAUGUUGAAUGAAAACAA